AUGAAAAUAAAGAAAUCGCCAAAGGCCCCAAGAGAGACACGCUCACCACCAAUAAAUUCCUUUCCCUCUUUUAUUGGGGGUGUGGGGGAAAAGGGAAGAGGGAGGGAGAGGGCGGGGUUACGAGCAAAGGACACGCCGAACAGAAAUAAAAAUACAAUAAAGGUAUUCGUCCAAAUCAAAAAAACCUCACUCGCAAGAGUGGGUGAGCGGGAAAAAACAUGGGCCGCUACGGGAAUUGAACCCGUGACCUCCUGUACCCGAAACAGGAAUCAUACCACUAGACCAAGCGGCCGACGUACAAAAUGUCUUUUAAAUAAAGAAUUAUUAUAA